AUGGAGAGAUAUGAUGAUUCUGAAAAGAAAAAGAAAAAGAAAGAAGUGAUGGACUUCCUUAAGACUGUCAUGUUAGAGACUCCAGAAGAAUACAAUAACAUGAUGAAGAGGAAAAAACGGUCUACCAUGCUGAAUCGUUUAAAUCGUUUAACGGGUGAAGGUACCUACGAAUCGUAUGACAUGCGCUGUAUGGUAACUGGCCAGUUCGCCGUCGGAAAAUCGACUCUGGUGAAGCUUUUAGUUGGGGACAUCAUUCCCAAAGGAAGACAUCCUACAGAUGGAAUCUCUCUCCUUGAAGGUCGAUGUGGUAUUGAUGUCCAGACAAGAGAAUGGGUUCUUAUAAAUCCAAAAACUUAUAAUGCAAUGGAUGUUGUAUACAAUAAGGUUUUAAUGACUUCAAGAGAAGAAAAGGACCCUCAUCCAAAAGAAAAGUUGGAACAACAACAAGCAUCCGAUACAAGUCCGUCUGGAAGUAAAGAUGAUGAAAUGGAUAAUCCAGGUGUUCUACAUCAGUCACAAGCUAUUGCAUUGCCUCUCCCAUUAAACACAUCAGUUAAUGUCUCCAACCAAUCUUCAGCAGCCAUAACGUUACCAUCUCAGGCGUCCUCCAUUGUACCUCUAUCACGACAGCAGCUGAAACAGAAAAUGAAAGCAGAGAUGACUAAAGAUGAAAUCAGAAGAAAAAUGGAAAAAGUUCUGAAAAGUGGAAAAUACAAGAUGAAAGUGGGACGACUUAUUUUCUGGGACUUUGGUGGACAGUAUGUAUAUUAUACAACACACCAGACCUUUAUGACCUACAGAGCUUUGUUUCUUGUUGUAUUUGAUGGGAGCAAAGGAUUACAUGAACAGAUUCCUGACGUCUUGUGUUUUCCAGGGCAGCAUCUGACUCCAACACCAGCAGUAUUUUUACAACAUUGGGUCAACUGUAUCCUUACCUAUUGUAAGGCAGUAUACACAGGAAUUCCAAAGAUUUUGUUUGUUGCUACCCAUAAAGACAAAGUACCUAAGGAGGAUAUUGAUACACGGCGUACAGAGUUAUAUAGUGGAGUAGAAGAGUUAUUUAAAGACCAUGAAGGACGAGCACAUCUGGUUAUCAACAACAAAAUAUUUGUUAAUGCCACAGACAACACAGAUCCAGAGAUCAUUGUCCUAAAGAAAGCAAUCACAGAUCUUACCUUUCAACAUCCAUGUUGGGGAGAGUCAAUGCCCAAUGCAUCUGUUCCCCUUGAACUUGAGAUUGCUAAUUUGGUAGCAAAAGGGAAACAAGUAUUGUCUUUGAGAGAAGUUGAAGAAUUAAAUUCCAUCAGCAAGGUGUCCGUCUUGUCAAAUGAAGAGCUGAGAAAUUUUCUACAAUUUCACCACUCACUGGGGAAAUUAGUCUAUUUUGCCACCCCACAGUUGAAAGGUUAUGUGAUCAUCAGUCCGCUGCUUUUGGUCGAAGUGAUGAGAUCCUUUGUUACAGAUAUUGCCUUCUGGCCAAAAAAAGGUCUCAUAAGAAAUACUUUUGAAAGGAUGUCAGGAAGUGGAAUAAUACAAAGAAAAGAUCUUUAUCUUAUUUGGGAACAAAAGCACUUCAAUAAGAUAUCACCCUACAAAGAGUUCAUAUUUGAUAUGCUCAUCCAUCUUGAUAUUCUAUCAGAGCAGCGAAGAUAUGAUACUCAUACAGGAAGUCGGUUACCAGUGGAAAACUUCUUUGUUCCCUGUAUGCUCACUCAAAGAAAUGACACAAGAUUCAUGACCAAUGAAUGUACACCAGAGAAAGCCAUCAGUCUAGCUUUUGUUUUCAAAGGGACAAUCAUACCACCAGCCUUACCGAAUCGUCUCAUUAGCGCAUGUCUAAGUAUGUGGACCGUGAAAACAUAUGAAGGAAAACAACUCCUGUUUUCAGGGUUCAUUGGAUUAUCAUUCGAUAAAGUGCAUGACAUUGUUGUAUGUGUUGAAGGCAACAAGAUAUUGCUCUACAUAGUCCAUGAAACCUCCAAUGGACUAAUUGUACCAGAUAUUGCCACUGGUAUCAAGGAAUGUAUGUUUACAACAUUAGAGAGAAUCUCAGAGUUCUAUAAAUCUACAGUCCAUGUCUCCUCUAUCAGCCAUAAACUACCCUUCCACAUUGAAUAUGCAUGCUCCAGGUUAGAAUGCCAUAUAACUGAGGAGGCAGCAUUGACAAUUGAUGAAUGGAUCUGUGAGGAACAUAAGAUUGUACAUACUAAAGAAAAGUGGAAUAUUUGGUAUCAAGAUCAGGCAAAAGAACAAUGUGAAGUGGACUGUCCAGGUUUACAUGAAGGUGCCUUAAAUCAGAUACCGAGUGACAUUGAACUCCAAAGAUUUGCCUCAGCUUGUGAUGAAAACACCAUCCGUGAAUUGGCCAUACAUCUUGGUAUGACGUUCAAAGCAUGGGAAGAACUUCAAAGGAAUAACCCUGAUUAUAUUCAGAUUGUCAAGUACAGAAUUCUGGUCAACUGGAGAGAAAAAUGUUCAGGAAAAUUCAUCAACAUAGCGAAGGCUUUAACAGAAAUGAAACUAACUACACACAUGUUGUGUCAGGUUAAAAGAAUCCGAAAGGGACAAUGCGAUAUUACUGCAGAAUAUAUGGAUUUAAUUCCAACAGAUGAAAUAUUGGAUGAACUAGCACAAGUCAUAGGAGUAGUAUCCUUCCAACUGGGUAUAGAAUUGGGAUUAUCUAUAACAUCAUUAGAUGCAAUUCAAUACAACAAUGGAAGAAAUUUAGUCGCUCAAUGCAAAGAUAUAUUAUUCCAGUGGAGAGAAGAUCAACGAGUGAAGCCAACCAUUGGUGUACUGGUCCAAGCUCUAGUUAAUAUUGAAAGAGGUGCAUCAUGUUUGGGGGAAAUCAUUAAAACAGUAGGCGUGAAGAAAUACAUUCCACACGAAGAAGAUGAGAAGGAAGGAAAGGUUAAGACACUUUUUAAAAGAUUGAAUCCUUUUCAGAAGAGGAAAUAGUACCAGAACUUUUUAUGAGUAUAAUUAUCAAGACUUAAGCUAGGAAUUUUCUUGGCUGUAUGUUCAUUAAAAAAAAGAGGUAACCGUUCUGAUACGCUCCUUGUGUUAGUAAUAAUUGUCUAAACUAAAUAUGGUUAUGCAGACAAUACAAGGCAAAUAUGAAAUUCAACUCAGAGCAGACAAAACACAAGAAAUCGUGUUCUUUUUUUUAAAUACUUUCUUUUCCAAAACCCUUCACAGAGAGCACUUUUUGAAAUUGACCCUCCUGUUAUAAAAAAAAUCAGGGGAAAUUGGCCCUUCCUCUUUGUUCCGGUCUGAUGAUUUUGUGCAAAGUUAUCGUCCUUGGACUUAGAAAAUUUACUUAAAUGAUCAGUUUACCACACAUGUUUUCAUGCUUGAAGAUAUUGACAUGAUAUUUGUUAUGUAGUUUACACUAUGACAAGUUAUUUAAUGAACAAGUUAGCAUUCUGUUACAGUACAAUGAAUGUUAAACCAGUAGGGGACUAUAUAAAUGUAUUGCUAUGCAUUCCUAUUAGAACGCUUGUUUAAAUCUUAUUAUAUAUUGUGAAUGUAUAUUAAAAUUGUAUCUUCCGUAGUAAAAACACUACAUGUCAAAAACUGCAGGUAUUUAAGGUGCAUCUUUAAGACAAGAAUGAUUGGAUAAACGCGUUGAAUCACUAGUUACAAUAUAAGUCAUGUACAUUCCGUUGACAGAAAUGUGAAACAUUCUCAUCAGGAAAGUGUACAUUUCUAAGAUGUUUUUGUUUGUUUUGUUUAUGCUCUUUAAAAACAUGCUAUUACAUCAGUAUUGCGUAUGAGCAAAUUUAGCUGUACAGCAAACUGAAAUGCUAUGCUAUUCAUCACUAUGGUAUGCAAUAUCUAAUACAGAUAGAAACCCAUACCAAUAUCGCAUACUUUGUAUUACAAACCACGUAUCGCAUCGUUUUUGGGAAUAUCAAUAGUUUUAUGAUGUUGAUAUAUAUUGCAUUGUUUAAUUACAGUUUUGAAGAUCUGAUUGGAUAGAAAAAGUCUUCAAUGUUAGAUCACUUUAUUAUUAGCGGUGUGUUAAUGUUAUUCUUGGUUUAGUUAAUAGAUAUCAAUUACUGUUCUAAAGAUUUCAUCUAAUAUCCAAAAUAUUCAAUAUACGAUACUUUUGAUUAUUGUUUAUUAUAAUAUAAAUAGUGUACUGUAUUAUUAAUUUGUACAUAACAACUAAUUUAAUUUGUCAAGAGAAAGACGCAGGGUCAGCUAUAUUUCAAGGGUAGACUUAAAACGGUCGAUAGCAUAAUGAUUUUGCACAGCUAUUUUGAAAAAUAUCUAAGAUCUUAAAACCACAAUACUUUGUCACGAAAUCGUAACUACGACAAUGAACUAUUCUAAUGCAUUUUUAUUGUAUUGACAAUGAUAAUAUAAUAAAAAAAAUGGCCCCCAAAAAGCAUUUCACUGGUUUGCAGACAAUAACCUGUGUAUAAGUGUAUAGAUCGCUAGGAAAUUUAAGCACAAGGAUCAAUAGCUUCAAAGGAAAGGUUAGGAUUGAUUUUGAGAGUCGUGACCCAAACUAUUUAGGAAUAAGGGGCCGAAAAGAGAUCAGAAACUAUAAUUUUCUAGUAACUAGAAAUAACUCGAGUAUAAGUCUAUGGAUUGAUAUUUAUUUAUACCACAAGGUUUAAUACCGUAAUAGAAAGGUUGGGAUUAUUGUCCUAGCUGUUUAGUAAUGAGCGGCCAAAAAACAUUUUUUGUUCUUGUUUCAUGACAAAUACUUGUGUAUGGAUCCCUAUGACAUUUUAUCACAAGGUUCAAUAGCAUACAAAGAAAUCUUGGGAUUGAUGAUGGGGGUCGUAACCCGAAAACUUAAAAACUAGGGGCCGAAAAGUAGUCAGAAACUCGGAUUUUCUAGUAAUCAGUUAUAUGUUUGAUUUAACAAAAAAUCAAUAUGUCAGGGGUAUCAAGCUUGAGUGUAGUGUCCGUAUUUGCCCGAAAUUUUCAGGGUUAGACCUUUUGUAAUUGUAUCAAGCUGCAUUCAGCGGAGCAUUUUAUUUUACCAAGUAAAGUUUAACCAAGUAAUGUAAGUAGCCUAAGAAUAACUGUUUCUAUAACUUUCAUUCUAUUAUUCUAUUCUCAUAUGUCUUGAUCGGUGUGAGUAAAGUAGUUCUCAUCUCUAGAGAAAACUUUGUUUUCGGCAAAUCAUUGGUCGAUGACAUCACAUAUAAAGAACAGAAUUUACUGUAAAUAUUUGAAAUGAUGAAGUUUAUGUAGAUAGCGUCUUAAAUUAUAAGGGAAAAAAAUUCAACCACUUUUAUGUUGUGUGUUAAGAUAUUUAUCACUCUCAACAGUUAAGUAUUUAAAAAAAAAACUCGUUAAGCCUCACGUUUGAAAUUUCUAAAAUUAACUGUCUCGAGCGGAGAAAUGUCGUAACACACUUGAUGCAGUGGGAAAAUCUAUAUUUCUCUUGCAGUGAUAUACAAAUAUUGAGCAAUCUAGGAAGGGUGUAUAUAUUUUAUUUGUUCUAUAUUGUAAAUAAAAGCAUGUUGAAAUGAUUUUAUGUUGUUUGUACACAUAUUUAUCA